GACCCUUUAAAAAUCUGACGUGUCACAGCUUCUUUGCCAUCCUGGUUUAUUUGGUAAGAAUUUUGAAGGUUCAAGGUUUUCCGAAGGCUUCUGCUUCAGCAGUCACAAUAUCAAACGCAGAAUAUCAAGUUCUUAGUGGCAAUGGAGCACGGCGCUUUUGGGGAUCAAAGAAAUGCCACGUUUUCUUUGACUGAAGAGGAUCAUACGCUUGCUAAUGCUGUUAGAUUCACCUUAAAUCAAGAUCCAAGAGUAACAUUUUGCGGGUACAGCAUUCCUCAUCCUUCAGAUGCUCGAGUCAACAUUAGAGUCCAGACAACAGGCGAUCCAGCUAGAGAAGUAUUGAAAGAUGCUUGCCAGGAUUUGAUGUUAAUGUGCCAGCAUGUGAGGAGCACUUUUGACAAGGCUGUUGCUGAUUUUAAAACAACUGAAUCUGGGCAAGCAAUGAACACCGAUUGUGAAGAUUGAUUCUGUUUCUACAUGUAGUUUCUGUUUUCUUUCUUAGUAAUAGAAAAACGAGAUAUUACUAUUUGAUAAUCCAACGACUGUUUCACUAUAUUUGGGGCUGCUUUCAUCUUGUUAGCAAACACAUGGCUCUAUGAUCUGGAAAAUCGUAAUCCUUUAUAUUGAUGGGAUUAUAUACGAAUAGAGUUACAGGUUUGCAUUGAUUAA